AUGGCCAUUCUAUACGCUCGGUAUUGUUCCUGGGGCGGCGACUGCUACUCAACCUGGGACUCUUGGGGUCGCUGGGUAGCUUUCGCUGUGAUUGUCGGCGUGGCAUUUUUGCUCUUCUUCUCUUUCGCAUGUUUCAAUGCGCGCCGCCGCAGAAACCACGGCCAGCGCCCUCUCACAGGAACCGGAUGGAUGGCUCCUCCUCCCGGACCUCCUCCUCCGAACCAGCCAAUCUACCAACAAGCCCCCUACGGCGACCCCUACUACCAGCAAAACGCUCCUCCUCAAUACAGCGCAAACCCCCAAAACUACGGCUACUUCGGCGCGCAAGCGCCGCCUCAGCAGCAAGGGAUCGAGCUGCAGCAGCCCCCGAACGCUUACAACGGCGGCGGCGGCUAUGCGCCUCCUCCUGGCCCACCUCCCAAUGCGAGCAAGGUCUAG